AGCGGAGAGAAUCCGCCGCCAGACCCGGUAUCCCGGCUACCGCCAAACCUCUAGUUCAUCAGUGAUCAGCGGAGAGAGAGGUUGAGGAACAGCUCAGUGAAGAGAAGGGGUUAAAAUGAGUUUUUACACAGUUUUACUCUACUUCCUAGUGUUAGUAUACAGUGUGCAAUCCAUCAAAUGGCUGGCUUUGUCACAGGCCAGCGCUAUUGCAAGCACAUCUCGGGAUCCAGGUGUAUGUGAUCAGAUGAAGGGGUCCUUGAUAAAAAAGCAGGUCAAGUUCUGCAAACGUAACCCAGGGUUUAUGGACAGUGUGAGACUAGGAGCAGUUCGAGCAAUUGACGAAUGUCAGUAUCAGUUCCGAGCUCGGAGAUGGAACUGCUCAACCCUGCAGGAGAACUAUAACAAGCAGGUCAACUUCAUCAAGGCCCAGCUGGGGAGUAAGAUGACCGGGACGGAUAUGACCGGAGGGAUGUCUAUUCAAGGAUUUCCAUCCUUAUCAACAAGUUCAGUUUACUCUAGGGGUGCUCUAGCUGCUCCAACAUAUGCUAAACCCUUCAACCAGGAACCAACCAUGAAUGCUAUGGUUAACUCCUACAGUGCCUAUAGGUACAACAAGAGAGAAGGACGGGAGAGAAACAGCAGAAAUAUCCGGGGAGGAAGGAACAGGGGGAGAAGGAAAGGACGGAGCCGCAGCAGUAAAUCUCGGAGGAAUACGGAGGAGGUUUUACCGAUACAACUUCAAACUUCAACUAACGAACUCGGGAAUAUGACCAUUACGGAGAAAGCAUCCAACAACGAUCUUAAGAAGAGAGAAAAGCAGACGGAGAAGAAGAGAAAGGUUUCUGAGAUAGAUAAAUGGAACGCAGCUCUCGGACCGUAUCCAGUAGUUUCUCCGGGUACCAAGGAAGCAAGCUUUGUUCAUGCCAUCUCCAGUGCCGGAGUUGCACACGCAGUUACUAGAUCGUGCUCUAGCGGAGAACUAGAGAACUGUGGUUGUGAUCGAUCCCUGAGAGGAAUGUCUCCGGAAGGAUUUCAGUGGUCUGGAUGUUCUGACAAUGUGGAUUUCGGAGUUACAUUUUCUCGAACCUUCGUUGACGCGCAGGAUCGAAGAAAGAGUAGAAAAAAUCCGAAGAGUCCAGUUUCUCUGAUGAAUCUUCAUAAUAAUGAAGCGGGCCGGAAGUUACUGGAGAAGAAUAUGAAAGUUGAGUGCAAGUGUCACGGAGUUAGCGGAUCUUGCGAACUCAAAACCUGCUGGAGAUCAUUGGCUUCAUUUAGAAUGAUCGGAGCUAUGCUAAAGGAGAAGUUUGACGGAGCCCGCGAGGUUAAGCAGAAGAGAAAGAACGGACGGAGAAUGCUUCUCCCAAAGGAUCACAGGUUUAAACCACACAGUGAUACCGACCUAGUCUACCUCGUCAACUCUCCGGACUACUGUGAGCUGGACGUGAAGCGAGGGAGUCUGGGAACUAAAGGACGAGAAUGUGACCCGAGUUCGAAAGGUAUUGACGGCUGCGACCUACUCUGCUGCAGUAGAGGGUAUACUACAAGACGAGAGAGAAGGGUAGAGAGGUGUAAGUGUAAGUUCCACUGGUGUUGUUAUGUCGAGUGUGAGGAGUGUGUGAGAGAACUACAGAUCUCCACCUGCAACUAGAAUACAAGUGAUGAGAUCACUUUAUAGUAUAUAUAUAUAUAUCCACCAGUAUUUAUGUACGUGUUUAAUAACUAACCAAAUCCUUUCUCUACACCACUCGGCAUUCAUCCAGUUGAAAUAUCACUUCUACUACUACUACUACUACUACUACUACUGCUGUUCUCAGUAUUAAUUCUGAAUCCUAAGAGCAUCCCUUGAAUCCUGCUCUAGUCCGGGCAUCCCUUAAAUUUUGCUCUACGCGGAGCAUGCUUCGAACCCUGCUCUAGUCCUAGCAUUCCUCAAAUUUUGCUCUGUAUGAUGCAUCCAUACAACCUUGCUAUUGUCAGAGCAUCCCUUGAGUUUUGCUAUGAGCGUAGUUCGAACCCUGAUCCAGGAGAGGAUUCUUCGAAUUCUGCUCUUGACACUGAUUUGUUAAAACUUACAUUCCAAAAACCAAUAUAAUAUGAAUAUAUUGUAAAUAAUUAUGUUAAGCUCUAGAUUUAAGUUAGUAACUGUGAAAUAAAACUAGGUAAUAUGAUUAUAUAAUAUAAUUGUAAAACUUUUA